CCGAGAGGAGAAAACACUUGAGGAGCGUGUGCAGCCAAUCGUCAGUACAACCUCGCAAGACUACAACCAGGCUGGAAGUGGGAGGGAGGACUCGGGAAGCAAAACAUGGCGAAAAUAACAAGUUGGGCUGCAGCCGCUUUUUGAAAAACUGCGCCCUGUCUUUUGUGUAACUACCAGUUCACGAACAAUUUGGACGCGCGAGAACGAAGAAGACGCCUAACUUUAAAGAGUCGUUGACCCCAAUUUACAAGUAUUACGGCGGCGCCUGGCGUUUUAAAAAAAAAAAAAAAAAAAAAUAGUGCUUGUCUGCGCUUUCCCCCGGAAGGUUGGCGGUGCUAGGCGCGACUGUCAACACAGAAAAUGGAUGAAGAAGGAAAGUUUAUUCUGGAAAAGACUAUUUAGCCGACUAGCCUUAGCCACGUUAGCUCGCUAGUUGACGUCGGGUCGAUCGCGCGCACCUGACUCUGUGUUCGGGAUCAACGUGCGCGCUUCUCGAAUAUUGAGGAAUAUUUCAAGUCGCGUUAACAAGUUUUGACAACUGCAGUCCGCAAAGGAUCGUAUUUCAAACGAGGCCAUUCGUGUCUGUGUAUUCUUGAGGACGUAUAGUUCAGGCUGACAGUGACAGUCGGUUCUGGUGCGGACGGAUCCAGGACGCCAUCACAUCAGACGUUGAGUUCUCUCCUUAAAAACAUUGCGCCGUCGGGGCGUACAUGUUGUUUUCCGCCUCGGCAGCGUAACGAGGAAUGCUUUCAGCAGCUCCCCGGUCCUAUCUGGUAGUUCGUGGUCCCCUCCUGCGCGGCACGCAGCGUUUUUAUCCCGUCUAACAUUAACUCAGCUGGACGUCGUACAGCGGCGUCUCGUCAACAUGAACGCAGCAAGGUGUCCAACAGCGGAGGUGCGUCGCGUUGAAAACCUGCCAGUUGUUGGACCGGUGCCGAUGGCCGGCUAACGUGGACGUGACCGCUCUGUUGAAAUAUAUCUCUCACGUGAAGUUAACUGUCUUUUGGCCUGAACAUUGUCAAAACGAACCGCGCGUAUCGCUGUAUCUGUCGAGCGGAGUUGACGUGAGCUAGCUGGGUGCGUCGGUGGCAGCUCGAUCUGCGAUGUGCUCGCUAACCUGAGAGCUACCGCGCGGUUCCGCAACAGUUGCAGCAUAUCGGACGGGCCCGUUUUUGCUGGAUUUUAAUCUGCAGAUAAUACCCGCUCAAGAUCGUUGUAGCGGCCACGGACGAGUUCCCCGUCAGUGUUUCUGGUUACAUAUCUGGCUAACUUGGUAGCUACGGCUGUAAGUUUUCUGCAGCCAUGUCUGAAAACGCCCCCACACGAAGCCUGGAUGACAUCGACCUCGCAGCUCUCAGGGAUCCAGCAGGGAUCUUUGAGCUGGUCGAGGUUGUCGGCAAUGGGACCUAUGGGCAGGUGUACAAGGGCCGUCACGUGAAGACGGGGCAGCUGGCUGCCAUCAAGGUGAUGGAUGUUACAGAGGAGGAAGAAGAGGAGAUCAAAGCUGAAAUCAACAUGCUGAAAAAAUACAGCCACCACCGCAACAUAGCCACGUACUACGGUGCCUUUGUCAAGAAGAGUCCACCAGGACAUGAUGACCAACUUUGGCUGGUGAUGGAGUUCUGUGGGGCGGGAUCAGUGACCGACCUGGUAAAAAACACUAAGGGCAGCUCUCUAAAGGAGGACUGGAUUGCUUACAUCUGCAGAGAAAUCCUCAGGGGCCUUUCUCAUCUCCACGCCCAUAAAGUCAUCCACAGAGACAUCAAGGGCCAGAACGUGCUGCUAACAGAGAAUGCGGAGGUCAAACUUGUUGAUUUUGGGGUGAGUGCUCAGUUGGACAGGACUGUUGGGCGUAGGAACACCUUCAUCGGCACACCGUACUGGAUGGCACCGGAGGUCAUUGCCUGUGAUGAGAACCCUGACUCCACCUAUGACUACAGGAGUGAUAUCUGGUCCUUGGGGAUCACAGCCAUUGAGAUGGCAGAGGGAGCUCCUCCCUUGUGUGACAUGCACCCUAUGAGAGCCCUCUUCCUCAUUCCCAGGAAUCCCCCCCCAAAACUUAAAUCCAAAAAAUGGUCCAAGAAAUUUAUUGACUUUAUAGAGGGCUGUCUGGUGAAGACGUACACAAGCCGACCAUCCACAGAGCAGCUUCUUAAGCACUCUUUCAUCAGGGACCAGCCCACUGAGCGCCAGGUCCGAAUUCAGCUCAAAGACCAUAUUGACCGUACGCGCAAGAAAAGGGGAGAAAAAGAAGAAACAGAGUAUGAGUACAGUGGUAGUGAUGAAGAGGAUGAAAAUCGUGGAGAUGACCGAGAGUCAAGUUCAAUCCUCAACGUGCCCGGUGAGUCCACCCUGCGGCGGGACUUCCAGCGCCUGCAGCAGGAGAACAAAGAGCGCUCGGAGGCUCACAAGAGGCAGCAGGCCCAGCUGGCUGCUCAGCGUCGGGACCCUGAGGAACACAAGAGGCAACUGUUGCACGACCGCCAGAAACGCAUUGAGGAGCAGAAGGAACAGCGCCGCCGACUUGAAGAGCAACAGAGAAAGGAGCGAGAGAUGGUGAGGCAGCAAGAAAAAGGUCCCCAUCGGAGACUCGACGAUAUGAGACGGGAGGAAGAUAGACGGUUGGCUGAGAGGGAGCAGGAGUUUAUCAGGCAUAAGUUAGAAGAAGAGCAGCGGCAGUUAGAAAUCCUUCAGCAGCAGUUGCUUCAGGAGCAAGCACUGCUUAUGGAUUAUAAGCGCAAGCAGCUGGAGGAACAGCGUCAGUCAGAGCGACUGCAGAGGCAGCUGCAGCAGGAGCAUGCCUACCUGGUGUCUCUGCAACAACAGCAGCAAGAAAAGAAGCCCCAGCUCUACCACUAUAACAAAAACCUGGAGCCCAACAACAAGCCUACUUGGGCCCGUGAGGUGGAGGAGCGAAGUAAACUCAACAGACAGGGCUCACCCAAAAUCUGCACCACUGUCUCUGACAAUGCCAUCCAGUCGCGCUCUGACUCAAUCAGCCAGUCUGGAGUGAUCCAGUCUGCUCAGACCCCACCGAUGCAGAGGCCUGUUGAACCCCAAGGGGGGCAGGGAAAGGAUCCCUCCCUUACCCCAACACCCCGUCCCAUCCAUUCUAGAGAGCUGGUGCGUCAAAACUCUGACCCGACUUCUGAAACCCCGGCACCACAGGCACACCAGAUGGGAGAGGAUCGCGGCCCCUGGAUCCGCCUGCCAGAUGUGGAACUCCCACCCAAGAUUCCACAAAGGACAGCGUCUAUUGCCACAGCUCUCAACACCAACCUGACAUCUGGCAUAAGGCAUCCAGUGCGAGCCAGCAAUCCAGAUCUCAGCCGCAAUGAUCGCUGGGAGAGAGGAGACAGUAUGAGCAUUAUAUGCAAUCUUCCCCAGACUGGCUCUCUGGAGAGGCAUCGCAUCCUCAGUUCCUCCAAAAUGGAUUCGCCCAUGCUCUCCCAUGAUAGCCGUCAUAAGCCAGGGGAGUCUCGCACCUCCUCCCGCCCUGGGCGCCCUGCAGACCAUGGCCUGUUUGCCAAGGAGCGUGCUGAGGAGCAGCCAAGGCCCCCAGUCAAGGCCAAUGAUUACUCCUCCUCUUCGGAGAGCAGCGAGAGUAGUGAGGAGAGUGAGAGUGGCGAGGGAGCAGAGGAGGAAGAGAGCCCCACAGAUCGUCACAGGGAUGCAGACACUGAUUCAAUCAACACUAUGGUGGUUCAUGAAGACGAAGGCGAGGGGGGAGAGGGAGAGCAAGCUGGAGGCUAUGGGGAUCAGACCAUGCUGGUGCAGAGGACUCCAGAGAAGCGGAGCCAUAAUGGAUACACUAACUUGCCAGAUGUGGUGCAGCCCUCCCACUCCCCCACAGAUUCAGCCACUCACUCCUCCCCUGGGAAGGACUCUGUUUAUGAUUAUCAGUCCAGAGGUUUGGUUAAAGCAUCUGGCAAGUCCUCCUUCACCACCUUUGUGGAUCUGGGCAUGUACCAGUCCCCAGGAGGUACAGGGGAUAACAUGUCCGUCACUGGUUCCUUAGGCUCCAGGUUUGAGCAGCUGAAGAUGGAGGUGAGGAAAGGAUCCAUGGUGAAUGUCAAUCCCACCAACACACGCCCCCCCAAUGACACACCUGAGAUCCGCAAGUACAAGAAGAGGUUCAACGCUGAGAUCCUGUGUGCUGCCCUCUGGGGUGUGAACCUUUUGGUGGGCACAGAGAAUGGUUUGAAGCUGCUGGACCGUAGUGGUCAAGGCAAGGUUUACCCCCUCAUCAACUCCCGCAGGUUCCAACAGAUGGACGUCCUGGAGGGCCUCAACCUGCUCAUCACCAUAUCAGGCAAGAAAAACAAGGUGCGUGUCUACUACCUGGCCUGGCUGAGGAACAAGAUCCUCCACAAUGACCCUGAGGUGGAGAAGAAGCAGGGCUGGACCACUGUGGGGGAGAUGGAGGGCUGCGUGCACUACAAAGUGGUGAAAUAUGAGAGGAUAAAGUUCCUGGUGAUUGCUUUGAAGAAUGCGGUUGAAGUGUACGCUUGGGCGCCCAAACCUUAUCACAAAUUCAUGGCCUUCAAGUCUUUUGCAGACCUGCCACACAGGCCUGUCCUGGUCGACCUGACAGUGGAGGAGGGUCAGAGGUUGAAGGUCAUCUACGGUUCAUGUGCUGGCUUCCACGCCAUCGACGUGGACUCCGGAAACAACUAUGACAUUUACAUCCCCGUUCAUAUUCAGAGCCACGUGACACCGCACGCCAUUGUGUUCCUGCCCAGCUCAGACGGCAUGGAGAUGCUGCUGUGCUACGAAGACGAGGGCGUCUACGUCAACACUUACGGGCGCAUCAUCAAGGACGUGGUCCUGCAGUGGGGCGAGAUGCCCACAUCUGUUGCUCAUAUCUGCUCAAAUCAGAUCAUGGGAUGGGGAGAAAAGGCCAUUGAGAUCCGUUCUGUGGAGACUGGCCACCUGGACGGUGUCUUCAUGCACAAAAGAGCUCAGAGGCUGAAGUUCCUUUGUGAGCGAAAUGACAAGGUGUUCUUUGCAUCAGUGCGUUCUGGAGGCAGCAGCCAGGUGUACUUCAUGACGUUGAACAGAAACUGCAUCAUGAACUGGUGAAGAAACGGCUGCUCUGGUCAGUGUGUGGAACCCUGCAGGGUUCGGAGAAGGAAGGCCAUCGGAAAUUCUCACAAUCGCAUGCACACAUUGCGAACACCUUUUCUCCCUUUCUCUUCCUCUCUCUCUUCAUCUCUCUCUCUCUUCAUCUCUCUCUCUCUUCAUCUCUCUCGCAAAAGACACACAUACUUAAAAAAUUCCAGCCUACAUGUACACUCCUUAAGACAUCAUGUCUCCCUGGAAUUAUCAUGACAAAUCACUGAUGAGCUUCAAAUGUUAAUACCAUCUUUUGUUUUGUACUGUAAAUAUUCUUGUCUUUACUUAGUGGACCGGUGUUCUGUCGUAACUAUUUAGUUCCUCAUUGUGAAGUAUGUUUUAAAAAAAAAAAAACACACAAAAAGAACUUGCCUUGAUGGUUCUACAGUACGUUUUGAAGAAAGCAUUAUUUACCAAUACUGUAUGUUGAAAUGAAGCUGUAAAUAGGUAGCACCUUACACUUAGAGCUGAAUCAUUUGCAGUCCUUAUAUAGCCUUCAGUCGGUGUGUUGCCACCGGACACAUGGACGUCAAAUAAUAAAAUGCUGGAAUGACCAUCUGCAGUGGCUUGUGGACCCCCAUUGUUGUGGGGCUCAUGAUUUCAGGGAGGUUUAAAGGAAGUGUUUAGUACAACAAACAUUACAAAGGGACAUUAAAGUCGGGACAAAGUAGCUUCUUUAAGUAUUUUUCGUUAUGUAUAGUAGACGGUAAUCUGAAGUCCAGCUUUCACUAACUUUUUCUGAUCUGAAUGGCAAAUGAUGUUGCAACUUUUAAUAACAGCAAGUGAGCCUUGAAUGCUUCAAAAGCAAAAUAGAUUUCAGUUUCAAUGAAUAAAUGAUCAAACCAAUCAGAAGUCACAUAAAUGUGCAGUACUUGGAAUCAGUCAUGUGAAAUCUCCUGCUUUGCCUUUUUUUUCUAUGGUUUAGGUGAAGACAUUCAUUAUUUGACUCAUCGGGCUUGUAUUUAAACUUUUUGUUUUCAUAGAUUUACAUAAUACAAAAAUGUUAUUUAUAUGUAGUGAUUCUGUAUUGGUAUUAGCCUACUGGUAAUCUUAAUUUUACUGUAACUAUAUUGCCAUUAUAUUGCAAUAUAUCUAAUCUGUGGAGUCUUUGUUUGAAAAGGGGAGUUUGUGUAUUUGGCCGGUCGUGUUCGAGAGUGUGACACCUUUUGGAGUCGGUGAAAGAGGGCGUUGGAGGAAGGUGAAAAGAGGGUGUCACUGAGUAUAGUGAUUAAGGGAGAUCAUUUUCCUGGUCCUUUCACCCUUCUACCGCAAUGAUCUACCCUACUGUAUUAUAUUUCAGUUCUAGGAUUACUUAGUUGGUGUGGAUCUGUUGUUGUUGUUGUUGUUGUUGUUAACAGCUUGGUGUGGUACAGUUCAUUCUUUGUCUUCGGCCAGUGGAAAGAUUUAAUGUCGGGUGACUCUGCAAUACCACAGAGGACUCCAUCUCAUCAGGCACUUUGGAGAAGACUGCUGGAACACAUGAGACUUAAUAUAUUUUAUAUCUAUACAUUCUGCCAAAGUUCACAGUAUAUUAUGGAGUAGGAAGCUAGGGCAAAAGGAGCUUUGCUAAAAUGGAGACUAUAAAGAUUUGUGUAGAAACUCUUCCUGCAGAUCACUAACCGAUGUUCCUCUCUGCAAAUAAAUCAGCUAAAAAGUCAGCUGCCUUCUCACCAAUAUUAUUGGAUCGCGCUUAAUGAGCGUCUUUGGAUUUCCUAUAGCUCUUGACAUGUUUGUUAAUAUUGCCCUUUUUUAAGGGAAUGAACUGUCUGCUUUGUUGAUGCAGCUGCACCAGGGGGAUUUUGGGUGCUCCCAUACUCCGGGCAGUACGGUAGAAGUAUGGCAGCAUCAUCAGGAAGUAGAUUGCUGAUUUCCUGUGUGCAGUGAGUUGGUCAGCAUGUGAAUCGAGCUUUUUGAUCAGUGAGUCACACGACUUUGGUAUCAACAGGUGGACAUUUUAAAGGUACGCCUAUCAGCAGCACGGAGAUGUUUGGAAAAUGUCUACCUUUUUCAACAAGUUAGUUCAUCUGCUUGUGAAUAGAAGCUGACAUGUUAAUGUUAAAAGGACACAACUGUGAUGUUGGUUGUUAGAAAAAGGAAUCUCUGAUGGUGAUCAAUGGGAGAGUCUGCUAAAAGUCACUAAGAAGAUGUAUUUCAUACAGACACAAAUGAAGCUAUAAAGAAUACAGUACAUGGUCAGAGCAGAUGGUGUUUAAUUAAAGAGUAUAUAAACAGAUGGCUACUUUUGUGGUGAGAUUAUAAAACAAACUAAAUCGGAAUGGAAAGCACUUUUACUUCAGUAAACAUACAUUUGAAAAUAUAUCUCGAGCAGAUACUUGGUGUGCAUGUAAGCCAUUGAAAUGGAGUGUGUAUAUAGUACUGUAUCAAAGUUGUUUUCCCCUUUUGAGACUUUUCUUGAGUAUCUGUUAUGUGCCAUGACUUUUAUUUUUAAUGUCACAAUUACAAUCCACCAGGAGCUCUGGCACUCAUGCUUUUAUGAUCAAAUCCUAAUUUUGUAAUCAAUCUGCCAUGUUUACAGUUAAAGCAGUGCCUUGGAGUUGGAAAGGUGAGAUUUAAGGAUCGGUUAUGACCCCCCCCACCACCACCACCAGAGACACACACACACGUCUCUUUCUUAAAAAUCUCAUGUAGAAGAGGCACAACUAUAUUUGCUCUCUUGAUAUUAUUUAUGCCCUGUGCCACUUAAAAAUCCCAAAUAUCCCGUUGAUGGACUUGAAAUGCUCUUUUGGCACCAUGUAUAUUAUCUAAAAAAUGAUUUUCAGACUAAUCAUUCAGAAAGUUGCAAUAACAAUGACAUUUUCACAUGUCCAAUUAAUCAAGUGUACGGUGUAACGGAUCUUCUCACAGUGGGAGCCAGCAUAGUGAAAAGCCAUACGUAUGAAACGUGUUUGUAGAGAAACCUUAGUACUUGUGCACACGUCAAAUUCGUGGUCUGCUCAGAAAAUAUAGAUUCUUGCAGCAAAAAUGAUUUCAGCGCUUAUUCUUGAAUGAUGUUGAUUGCGUAAUCUUGUAGUGGGGAAAGUAGCUCGAUAUAUUCUGAAAGGCCUAUUUUAUAAAAUGUGUAAAUUAGUCUAUAUUGAGAAAUCAAAGUGAAUGUACAUCUAUAAGACAGAUUUGUAUUUAUAUGAACAUGUGUACUGCUCUAAUAAUCAAAGCACAAUGUAUUUUAAGGCAGAUAUCCAAGCUAUAAUUGAGUAUGACAGAGAUGGAGUUUUUAUUUUCCUCAUUCACUCGUCGGUGUGUAAUCCGUCUACGUGGUUGGUGAUAGUUCAGCUGUGUGUACGUAGAGUGUCGAUUACUGCAGCAAUCUCUGUGGAGUUAUCUAGACAUAAAAAUAACGUCUGUCGUCUCGUUACCAGAAGAGUCGACGGUGGCUCUCAGAUCGGUGUUGGCCUCUUGUGUAGAUGGCGGGCUGUGGAUAUGCUCAGGUUAUGACGGGAAACGGCACACGGGUGGUGCAGCGGGGACGUGAAGGCCGGGAUGGCCCUGGGUGUGAGGUUAUUGACUCUGCUUUGGUAUCGUAUCAGGAAAAAGGAGGCAUUUAGUAAGUGAAAAGUUCAUUGAUCGAUUAGUGACACUAACAGAUUACAGAAAAAGACAAUUCGUCAAUUAUCAUCUCUUGACUACUUAAUUAGUUAUGCAUUUAUGUCACCAGGUAUUAAAGCCCUUCAAGAGGAACUCUCCUGAUUUUACACAUCAAAGUCUGUUUCCAGGUGUCGGGGAGUACAACUGCACUCUACUACUUGCAUAACAACAGAAUCUCUCACCGAACUGUCGGCAGGCACGAUGCAUUGUGGGUAAUGUAGGCAUUCCAUUUUUGGAAUAUAUAUAUUUUCUCGAUUUCUAUGCUUUGCAUCGUGAGUCUGACCAAGCUCUAAAAGUUUAAUUGGUGUUGAUCAGAAGUGGUGACCCAAACAGUAAACACGGAGUGACGGUCAGACAUUUCCUCCACAUAAAAUGUUUGCAACAUCUCAGGUGUUGCCUGGCAACAUCAGUCGGUGCACUUACCACCAAUGAAACUGGAACAGACUGGUGUGAGUAAAAUCAGAGCGCUCCCUUUAACACAUACUCAUGUUGCAUAAUAUACUCUUUAUUUGGAAUACUUUAGUGUGUUUCUACCUCGGUUAUGGGUGCAGAAGCUUGUUUAUUUUACCAAUAAAAAAAGAUCUCUCAAAACGAGCUCUUGUUCGAACUCUUGUGACUCUGCAAUGUUGUCAAAUUGUGGUUUUUGGGUGAGGUGAUGCAGACCGUCAUCAGUUUAAUUGACGCAGUCACUUAAAAAUAUUAAGCCUGUCAAAUUUUAUGCAGCAGAAAUUCCUAUAACGGGUUGCAAUUUGUACCCGUUCGUUGUUUUUUUUUAUAUACAUGAAGACGUCAAAGUUCUAUUUAAUUUCGUGCCAAGAGCCAUUAAAAGAAGCUCACAACAAUUGGGUCGUUUCUGUGUCCGUCUGACCGUCAGCAUGGGCGGAUCGGAUUGCUGAACAGAAUCAUAACGUUUGUCAUCAGAAAGAAAGAAAGGCACCACGGAGUUGGCGCUGGACAUGGAGAACAUCGUCCUGAGAGACGGUUGUUAUCAGAUGAUGGCAUUUCUUUUUAAUAAGCAAUACAAGCAUUUGAACAAAUCCAACACCGUGGCUGUCCAUCUCCGUGCGGCCUACAGGAAGCUAUCCUUCAGUGGCCUUUGGCAGACUGAAUGUAGGCAGGUUUUCGUGUUGCUCGUUACCGAAGUCGUUCUGAAUAUUUUUUUUCUCCGUGAUCGCAAAGAAUAACUGCUUCUCCCUGUCGGUUUGACACCCUGUUGGGGUGCUUGCUCUUGCUUCGCCAUAAUGAAAUCCCAGGAACUGCCUUUUGUGAACUCAAAGUACCGAUAGUUAAUAUUGUUAUGAGGCAACCGUCUCUCAUGGCUUAUAUUGCUUAUCAAUAACGUAUGAAUGGAUUAGCAGCUGUAACUGAGCGAGGCAGAUCAAACUUGGGAGCUCUAAAACGAUGUGGAUCUUUGGACAGGACUACAACAUCAUUUUUUUUUUUUUUAAGACGAUAAACAUCUUUGCAAUGUUUUAGUGUGUGUGUGUGUGUGUGUGUGUGUGCGCGUGUCUGUGUUACUUGUGAGAGGUCAAACUCCAGAUUGUAUUUCAUAGACUGAUAAACUUUAAACUUUCAAAAGAUUGUGUUGAAUGAAUUCAUGUCUUAAUACAGAAUUGUUUGAAAAAUAAAAUACCGUAAUCUCAUG